AGUGCUGCCACUGGCAGCAGCCAGUGCUGAGCCAUGGGAGUGCGCUGAUGGCUGCCAGCAUCAAGAGGAUAAGGGAUGUCUCUGCUCAGUCAUUUGAUGCCCUCAGCGCUACUACACAAGCUCCCCUCACUCCCCUUACAAGCAGUGAGGCAGGCCUCAAAGAAAGCUGGCGGCAGUACAAAGUACGGCUCGAACCGACGCGGGCGGGCCCACCACUACGGCUGGAAGGCCCAGGACGGCCAGCUGGUGACUGCAGGCAGCAUUCUGGUCAAGCAGCGCACCCUGCGCUACCACCCGGGAGAGAACGUGCAGAUCGGCCGCUCUGGCGACCUGCUGGCGCUGCAGAACGGCACGGUGGCCGUCACGUGCGAGCCGUUCACCCCGGACACCGAGAGCGGACAUGUCUGGGUGAAGAGGGUGUACGGCGACCGGCCCGCCGGCACCGUCAUCUACAAGAAGUACUACCAUGUGCUGGUGCAGCCGCAGGUCGGACGGUUUAAGCUGGUGGCAGAGGUCUGACGGCUGCCAGUGACGGCUCGGGGGGGGGGAAUGUGGUGCUAGUUUCUUUGAAUGGGGUGCUUGUGUUCGGGAAGGACGAUACCGUCAACUCGAGUGUCAGCGUGUAUGUCGUGUGUGCGAACGGUGAAUCUUGUGAAACCAUCGCGAUGGUGUGAUAAAUUGCAGUCUCAUUGUUUCUGAGGUGUCUAACAAAACAAGGAAUACCUAUGUUGAAUUAAUAAGUCACCAGUGAGCUCGAUAAAAGUAGCAUCUAAGUACUUCUUCUUCUUGGUUUAGGGCGCAUAGCCUCGUUGGGCUCAGAGCGUAGCAUCUAAGUAGGUAUCUCGAGAUGCUUUCUAUUUGUCUCUAGAGCGCAACUUAAGUGUGUUGCUCGUCCGACAGCAUGCCGUUCUUGAAAAUACAUCACUGUUCAGAGCA